UCCCACACGUCUAGUCACAUGGAUGGAGCGCGCAGACUGCAUGCACCGCCAUGCCAGUACUAGCUCUGUGCAAGGACUUGUUUCGUCAUGUAUGUUUACCACUACCAGUAUUGAGAAUUGGAACACUACAAUGUUACCAUGUCCAACCCGUUAGUAGUAGUGCUGUUGCGAUCACCGCCAUGCCAAACCAUUUCGAGUUAGAUUCAUAUCUGCAUUACCAGCUAGCUUGUUACAUCAACGUCUUAUCCAUGAGUCGCGUUAUAGCAGCCACAGCGGCGUGAAUUCAUUGAAGAGGAUGGCGGAUUGCCGAGAUGCGACCGCGGAUGACCCGUGGCGGAAAAAGCGGCCCCCAGUAGCGGCCAUGGCGCGCGGACCGGGCCCGGCAUGCUACACGCUACCCUCGCUCACCGGUCAUCGAGGCCACGACUGUAGCAAGCCGGUGAACCCGGCCUACUCGAUCGGCAUGCCGACCGCCUGCUGGUACUACGAUCACUCGGGACCCGGCCCGGGACGCUAUGUCAACCCCAAAAUCACCAGAAAAGGCAAGGAUGGAGCACCCGCUUUCUCCCUGUAUGCCCGGUUGAAGAACCCUGCACUCUUCCGGACGCCUGCCCCGUGUACAUAUGCCCCGGAGAAGGGGCACACUCUGACCAGGACACAAGCACCGGCUUACAGCCUGGGCGCGCGGAUUUAUCGAAGAGGAGAUACUGGUCCAGCUCCGAAUGCCUACACACUGCCGGAGCUCAUGGGUCAAGGCACGAUGACAAUGGGCAAUGCAGCCGCCUGGACGUUGACCAAGAGACCCAAGAAAGGUGCCUAUGGUGAAGACUACACCAAGGCGCCAGGACCCGGUGCCUACGACACCACCGACCCCAGCAAGUACAAGAGCAGCCGCGCACCAGUGUACAGCAUGCGGCGCAACACCCACAUACCCGGGGACGCGGCACGCUUGCCCGGCCCCGGGGCGUACCGGCCCGAAAAGGUGCACGCCGGCAAACGCCGAGCGCCGGGAUUCUCGUUCGGCGUGCGGCACUCCGACUUCCUCUGCCCGCUUACCAUUCCCGAGAACGAUCGCCGAGAUCGGGGACAACCAGCGUUCCAGUAUUGAGACAAGGAUAUACCCGCAUGCUAGUCGGAAAUCUGCUCGAGGUCACGGGAAACUAACCUGACGCGGAGCUUUCAAUGUCAGUCUGAACGGGUUCAUAGACCUACACUGUCUGGAUGUGGUCAUUUCACUGAAUGAGUAUAUAUACACUACAAACGUUUGCGUGGCCCAGGACAGCGUUCUGUCAGAGUGUGUGUGCGCCGUGGUUUCCUAUGUCAUAGAAUGCAGAGUUUUUAUUGUGAUUUCCACUGUCAAGCUACAAUUAUGUUGCUUGUGUUUCCUACGUCAUGCGGAACAUGUACAUGUGCAAAUAACUAUGUUUCAUGUGCUUUCCUCU